AUGUUUCCCCCGGAACCCCAAAUUGUCGUGGUGGCCCCCGGGGCCGAACCCGCGUCUACGCAAGUCCAGCGCACUGAGGACGGGGGAACCAUUAUCCGGCUGUUCUGGGUGGGCCCCCAAGGCGAGCUGCUUAGACGCGCCCCCGAGAGCCAGGUCCCGCAGGCACCAAUGGGGAUCCCCAUGGGGAAGUCGAUGCUGGCGCUUCUCACUUUCUUGGCUUUUGCCUCGUGCUGCAUUGCUGCUUACCGCCCCAGUGAGACCCUGUGUGGCGGGGAACUGGUGGACACCCUCCAGUUUGUGUGUGGGGACCGCGGAUUCUAUUUCAGCCGGCCAGCCAGUCGUGCGCCCCGCCGCAGCCGUGGCAUUGUGGAGGAAUGCUGCUUCCGUAGCUGUGACCUGGCCCUCCUUGAGACCUACUGUGCCACCCCCGCCAAGUCCGAGAGGGACGUGUCGGCCUCUUCGACCGUGCUUCCGGACAACUUCCCCAGGUACCCCGUGGGCAAGUUUUUCCAAUAUGACACCUGGAAACAAUCCGCGCAGCGCCUGCGCAGAGGCCUGCCUGCGCUCCUGCGUGCCCGCCGCGGUCACCAGCUGGCCAAGGAGCUGGACGCCUUCCGGAAGGCCAAGCGUCACCGGCCUCUGCCAGUCCAGCCCGAAGACCGCACCCACGGGGCGUCCUCUCCAGAAACUCCCAGCCAUUAG